AUGAUGGAAGAUGAUGGUGAUUAUGAUGCAAAGCUCAAAGAAGAAAUAGAAGCUGAACUGGACAAAAUAAGCAUUUCCUCCUUGGAAAAAGAUGAUGUUGAUAGUGAUUCAGAAUCAGAAAUCCUGAGUGAUGAUAGUCAUAGCGAUUUAAAUGAAUUACCCGAGUCAGUCCUACACUGUAUUAACAUCAUAAAGAAUAAGAGUAAGACAGCUGAAGAGCUCAUUCUUCAAGACUUGGAAGAUAAUGAUGUAUUAAGCUAUGGUUAUAGUGGAGUUUCAAAUAAUCAUAUGCAUUUAAAAAUUGAAUUGUCAACAGAAUAUCAAGGAAAUUCUGAGAAAUUAAUAAAGAUGUUAUCUGAAAUAGAAAAGGAAGAAUUUCUGAGAAGUAAAACCCAUUGUGCCAUUCUUGAUUCUGGUCCAGAGCCUUUUUCUCAUGAUUCACCUGUGGAUGAGUAUGAUUUCCCAGAUGAUACUGGUAUAAAUUUUGAUUAUACUGAAGUGGAGGAAAAGUGUAGGCAGUCUUUUGAAGCAUGGCAAGAUAAGCAGAAAGAAUUAGAAGAUCAAGAGAAAGAAAUCCUUAAAGCUCAGAAGGGUGAAGCAGAAAAGCUAUUUCAGGAAGAAGAAGAGAAGAGACAUUGUUGGGUAAAACAAUUUGAAGUAGAAAAGAAGAAAUUAGAGACUCUUCAAAAGCAACAACAGGACAAGAUGAAUGAUGAACUACAUCAAGAAGAAAAAAUAUGGGAAGAGAAAUUUAAACAACAUGAGGAAUUUAUUAGGAACUUGCAAAUACAAAUAGAAGAGGAAAGAACAAAAUUUAAAGAGCUACAAGAAAAAGAAAAAAAUCAUUUGUUAAAACUACAACAUAAUGCAGCCAUACAAAUCCAAGCCAAUUACAAAGCAUUUGUAGCUUAUAAAAAAUAUAAUCCAAUCAUAAAAGAACAAGUAGAAAACAAGAAAAAGAAAGCACAAGAGUGGAAAGAAAGGGAAGCAAAAAUCCGGCAGAGGGAAGAAGAAAAACGAAGACGACUAGAAGAGGAACAAAGGAUAGAAGAAGAGGAAAAAAAACGAAAAGAAUACGAACUCAGGAAGAGAAGAAAAGAAUAUGAAGAAAAAAAGAACAUUCUAAGACGAGAAAGAGAACAAGAAUUUUUGAAGGAAAAAUUAAGAACCAGAGAAAGUGCGCAUAAAGCACUAACAAGAAAUACAUUAAAUAUAGGAGACUCUAAUAGCAAACACUUACCUGUUGAGGAUACAUCAAAGAGUAAAGACGAUAUAGCCAAAGAACUAUUGAGAAAGAAAUUAAAGGAGGAGGAGGAAGAUAUUCCUCUUUGGCUAAUAAUAGAUGAAAAUUUAAAUAUGAUGGAGAAUGUAGGUACAUCACACACAUUGAAAGAAUCAAUGGAAGAAUGUUUAAAAGAACGUGUAUCAAACCAAGCGAUUUUGGCAGACUUAAAAGAGGAAGAAAAAAAGGAAAAUCUAACAGUACAACAAUAUCCAGAAAGUUUGUUCAAUUUGCAAAGGAUAUGUGAAAAUAGAGAAAAUCACAUUGAAUUGGUAAGCCGAGAUCUAAAAGAAAAUGAAAAAGAGCAUUUUAAGUUACAUGAAUUAAAAUAUCAACUGCAAACAGAGGUGAAAUUAAAACAUGCCAUAGAUAAGAAUGUGAAAGAAGAAACCCAAAUCAUAAUUCUAGAACAUGAUCAAGAAGUUCAUGAAACAAAAAACAAUGACGUACAGAAACUAAUAAAAAAUAAUAAACAGGAAAAUGAAAAACAUGAAGUAGAAAGAGAAAACAUACUAGAAUGGAAUGGAUCAUUAUAUAAAGAGAAUCCAAUUAUUUCAAUGACUCAAAAUCCAUUACCCCCAGAAUUAGGCAAUUCUGAAAAUUUAGGAAUACAUGUAGUCCUACAAGAAGGAGCUGAUUUAAAAUUUAGUGAAAUUGAGAAGAAUUCAAAAGACAGUGCUCUGAAUAAUGAUAUUGUGGUUUAUAAUAACAAUGCUACCAUAAUAAAUACAGAAAACAAAAUAAACAAUAAUGAUAUUAUCUUGGAUAAGCAAGUUCUUUGUGAAAACUCAGGUGACCAUAAUGCAAAAAGCUCCUUGGUUUCUAAAGAAACACAUUCUGUUAAAUCUGAGAUUAAAGAAAUUCUGGAAAAUUGCAAUGAGAAUAUAUUGGAAGGUAAUGUGGCCUGCUCUCUGUCAGAGCUGACUAUUCAAUCUGCUAUUGAAGAAAAGAGGCUAGCUUGGAUAAAUUCAUCUAAAUCCUGGUUUGAAACUAUCAAGAAGCAUCAACAAAAGAAAAUAAUUAGGAAAAAGAGAUCUGGGAAAUACCCCAUCAAUACCAUACCACCUUUGAAAGCACAAGAAAUUCUUCAGUGUGGCCCUUGGAAUACAUUACAGCAGGUUACAAAAGUUAGCUUUCAAGAUUUACCAGAUUGUGGUCUGUCUACACUGACAGAAUGCACAAAUCUUCAAUUUUUGAGUCUCCGACGUUGUGGAUUAACUUGUCUACAUAGCCUGAAUAACUGCAAAAAACUAAGGUACAUUGAUGUUCAGGAAAAUAAUAUCGAGACUAUCAAUUGUGAGAAUUUAGAAGAUCUCUGCAUUCUUCUUCUGAAUAAAAAUCAACUUAAUUCUUUGCAUGGCUUGGAUGGUUGCACUAAUAUUCAAAAUCUUGAACUUUCAUACAAUAAAAUCACACGAAUUGGAGGUUUAGAAUCUUUGAAAAAUCUUCAGCAACUAAUUCUGGACCACAAUCAGUUAAUUAGCACCAAAGGUCUUUCUGAUACUCCUACAGUUAUAUACCUGGAUUGCUCAUAUAAUCAUCUGACUCAAGUUGAGGGCAUUGAAAAUUGUGGAUUACUUCAGAUUUUGAAGCUAAAGGGAAAUUAUCUAAGUGAGGUUCCCUCAUUGGAGAAUCAUGUCCUACUAAGAGAGUUACACUUGGAUGAUAACAGCAUUUCAUCUGCAGAAGCAUUUUCAUCAUAUUGGCUGCCUUUACUGCAAUGUCUUACUCUCUCUCAAAACAGCUUAAGAGAGUUUAUUCCACUUUUUCAUUUUGUUUCCUUGGAAAAGCUGGAUAUUAGCAACAAUUGUCUUUCUGAUCUUUCUAGUGCAAUGAGGUGGUUUGAGGAUUGCUUCUCCCUCCGUGAACUGUCCCUUACUGGAAAUCCACUUCUUCAAGAAAUAAACUGGAGGCAAUCUCUACUGGAAAUAUUACCUGCUCUAAGAAUACUCAAUGAUGAAAUUCUUAGUACUGAUUCAGAAAGCCAUACUGAAGAGCAAAAUAAUCUAGAAUCAGAAUACUUUCUGCCACUUUGUCAGUCCCAGAUUAGAGAAUUCAACCUGCUAACUGAGAACUAUAUUACUGGCAAAGAGAACAUAUUCUCCUUGGAUGAAGCAAAAAACUUUUGCCAUUGUUUUGAGAAAUUGAUGGCAUUUAGUCAUUAUUGUCGAUAUGCACAUGAAAAUAUGAAUGUAAGGAUCAUGAAGGGAGACCAGUCUCAAGCCUGGCAGAAUCAUUUGGCCCCUAUAAAAAUUGACAACUUGUUGCAAAAUAUGGUCCUCGAUUCCUCUAUAAAUGAACAUGAUUUAGACUCACCAGAUCUUUCUGAGAAAUGGAUCAAUGCUGGUUCCAGUGGCUGUUCACAAACUAAGCACUUCAUCUGUACUAGUAUAGAAGAAAAUAAUCAAAGACAAACAGUAGACCAGAAAAGAGAAGGUGGUCAGACAAGCAUUGUCUCCACUAACAGAAACGCAUUCACAGAAACAUCAGCGACUACAUGCCUGCUGAGAAAUUGUCAAAAUCGUCAACCUAGUGAAAAAAUUAUGGCGGCUGUGAUAAUCCAAGCUUACUGGAGAGGUUACAUUGUUCGUAAACAGAUUAAUUUUUCCUCAAGAAUACAUACGGCUGCAACAGUAUCGGUGGCAUUCCAGCCAACAUGCUGCUCCAAGAAACAGACAACUUCAACAAAAGAAAAAAUAAGACAUAUUGUUAAUACUCAAGAACAGAGGGAGGAGGCUGCUAUUCUUAUUCAGGCAGUUUGGAAGGGCUUUCUUUUGAGAAAAAAGCUGACAAAAGCUCUAGAAGCUAUUCAGAAUGAAGACUCCGAAGAAUAUGAAGAAAUUAACUUAGAGGAUUUCACAUUUGAUGAAGCUGCCUUAGAGAAAGAAUGGCCAGCUUUACAUUCCUCUUGCUUCCCUUCACAAACACAGCUUCCACCAAACCAGCUGCACUGGCCAAAGCACUCUCAAGCCUUCAAAUAUGAUGACACCACACUUAAUUUACUAAGUCAUCCAGCUCAAGCAUGGGUAUGCAAUGAGAAAGAAAAUAUGUCCUCACCAGAACCCACUCAGUUGAAUAGCAGACUAGAAAAUAGAACUCCGUCUUGGACACCUGAAUCAAAGACCAGUAGAAAAAGUUUGCUAAAAUCUGAAAAAGAAAAACAGAUUUCAGAAGAAUGGGGCUUUAAGGAUAUUUCUACUGCUCAGCAAAUGCUGAAGAGAGCUCAGAAAAUGAAAUCAAAGAAGUUGUGGGGGAAAAAUGAUCCUGCUGUGCGCCUAGCAUUGUUCAAAAACAGUAGAAGUAAAGCUCUUGUUACAAACUCACCAAAGAAGACACAAAACAGAAGAGAGAAAUACUGUGAAGGUAAAGUGGAAGGAUUUCUAUGCAAGGAUACCACUGCAAAUGAGAAAAUAGAAAGGAGUAGAGAAUACACGUACCAGUGGCUUCACUCCCAGGUUGGGGCUCAUGAAACAACUGGUUCCAGAAAUAUGAAAUGCAAUCACUUCUUGCCUGAGUUAGAUCCAGAUGUACUUAAAGGUGGAAGAGUUCAGCUUGUGGCAAGACUUGUAAGCAGAGAAGACACGGAUUUAGACCUUUUUUCCAUGACCAGUGGAAGUGCUUUGUCUAUGAACAGAGAAAAAAAACCUCAAGCACACAGACACUCAGCGGGAUCUUCAAGUAAGUUGUGGUUUCCUUCAGAAUUAAUUUAGAAAUCACAAAUGAAUUGA